AUGGCUACCUUAGCCCUAAAGCGACGGACGCCUUCGCUCGGAACACUUCCACACGUUCCCAACAUUUCAGUCAUCGACAAUCCUUUACCAACACCAACACUGCCCACCGCCACCAAUAAGCCAGCUGUACAGGGCUCUUCCCUCUAUCACACUUGCCGCUCUGUACUCGACAAACUAGCCGCCAUUGAAGGCAUGGAACAAUACCUUGCCGAUGCUGAGAACAUGCCACCAUCGUCAUCACCCUCAUCGCCAGAACCAACCACACCCACUGGUGGAGAUCCACUUUCCAAACUAUGGACACUUUGUCGUCGUGGUUCGCCCCUGUGCACAUUGUUCAAUGCUUUGAAGACUGAGAGUCCUUUAAAAGUGGACCAAAACCCCACUCUCAACCAAGUCAACAUUUGCAAAGCAAGCGUGUAUCAUUUCAUUGUUGCCUGCAGAGACCAGCUAGAGUUCACCGAAGACCAACUAUUUACAAUCACUGAUUUGUAUCAAGAUGAUACGAAUGGCUUUGUUAAGGUCGUAAACACUGUUGACAAGCUGAUUCAACUCUUGGAAAAAGAUGGCGUGAUCAACGUUCGAUCGUCCAACAGAAACUCAGAUCCCAAUGCUCCCAAGGAUACUCGCGACAAGGUCGUUCUUGAGUUAUUGGAAACAGAGCGCAAAUACGUUCAGGAUCUUGAAACCUUGCAGAAUUACAUGCGUGAAUUGCAAAUCCAAAAAGUGGUUGCUCCUGAUACCAUCCAUUAUUUGUUUGGCAACCUCAAUACGCUCGUCGACUUUCAACGUCGUUUCCUCAUCCAAUUGGAGAACAUGGCCGAGAAUGCCCCUGAGGAGCAACGCUUUUGCUUAUUGUUUUCACAAUUGGAGGAGCCAUUUGCCGUAUACGAGCCUUAUUGUGCCAACUAUUAUUCUGCUCAAGACCUCGUGGUGCAAGAAACCCCCAAGCUGGAGAAAUUGGCUCACGUUCUCAAUCCAGCAUAUGAAUUGCCUUCCUUGUUGAUCAAGCCUGUACAGCGUAUCUGCAAGUAUCCAUUGCUUCUUAGUCAGCUGAUCAAGACCACCAGCAGCGAUUGGCCCCAUUAUGCCGAGAUGGAAGAAGGCUUGGAAGCCAUCAAGCGAGUAACCGAAAAGGUCAACGAGACACAACGCAAGCAUGAGAACAUGCAAGCUGUUCAAGAUUUGAAACGACGUGUUGAUGAAUCAGACCGUGAUGCUGUGGAUGGUCAUGGUGCUCUCUUGCUCCAGAACAAGCUUGUUAUGGAAAGCAAUGAUCAGGAACGUGAAUUACAAAUGUACUUGUUCCAAAAAGCUCUCGUGAUUUGCAAAGAGAACAAGGAUUCAGCCAAGAACAAGUUGACCAAAUCCAACACGUUGUCGAUCAAAAAGAAGCGUCGUGCAAGUCUUCAAUACAAAGGAUGCAUUUUCACCAAUCGUAUCCUCAAUGUAAACAAUCGCUCUCAUCCUGGCACCUGGACGCUCGUUAUUGAGUACAAGGAUCGAGAAGUGGAACGUUUUUCUCUAAAGUUUCGCAAUGAGGAAUUGCUCAAGUUAUGGGAGAACACGCUUAACAAGGUCAAGAUGGCAUACAAGUCUCAUGUGCCUAAUACACAUCUUGUAUCGAUGGGUAUUCCAAUGACCCCUGUCAGCUCCCAGGGUCGAGGAGAUGGACUUUAUUUGGAUGAUGAUGAUGACGACGAUGAUGAAGAUGAAGAUGAAGAAGAUUUACAUACCGCCGCCAGGUCACGUAGCAAUUCUGUAUCUGCACAACAAGCACUUGGUAUGCGACCCAAGAUGAUGCGUAACAACAGCCAAGACGCAUCCAUGUUUAUGAUCAACAACAAGCACAACAGCAAUAGACCACCUAUGCCAAUGCCUAGCAUGAGCUUAUCAUCCAUCCCUCGCAGCACUGGAGGUGGCUAUCCAAGUGCGACAUCACCAUCACCCAACGACUAUGGCUUAUACCCAGCAUCCCCACCACCUUCCAGCCCAUCGUCACCGGGAACAUCGACUCGUACUUCAUCCAGUGCAUCUUCAUCAUGGCAUCGUCGUGGUGAUGAUUCGCCCCUUGUUGAUAUUGGAACCAAGUUCCUCAAUGCUACGGAUGUCUUGACACCCAACUCGGAAGAAUUCAGACCCUUGGGAGUGGUUCCUGCAAGGAGUCAUUCACAUUCAGCAGCAGCUGAUAUGUACAAUCCUUCAUCGCCACCACCCAUGCCUACAGGUCCUUCAAGAAGCCAUACACGUGUUCGAUCGCAAAGUAGCCCCAACAUUCACAAGUCUCACAACAUCACCCAUUGGGAUGAUAUGCCACAAGUACCUAUCAAUUCUCGUACGCUUUACAACCGUGAUCCUACUUUGAGCAAUGGUGUACGCAAUGUAUCAUCCACACCUCGUUUAUCAGAGAUGGCUUCUUUGCAACAACAACAGCAACAAGCACAAGUGGAUCGUGUUGUGGCAGCUGUACCCAAUUCUCCUGGCACUGUGAAGAUCAAGCUGAGUUACAAUGAUGGCAUCUAUGUGAUCAUGGUUGCUGAACAAGUGACCUUUACCGAGCUCAUGGAAAAGGUUGAACGAAAAAUCCGACUUGUGGCCAAUCUCAAACCAAGCGACAUGUUACGAUUGAAAUACCAGGAUGAGGAUGGUGAUUUAAUUACUAUCAAUUCCGAUGACGACGUCCAAAUGGCAUUUGAGAAUCGUGGCAACAACUCUGCAUUGAAUCUUUUCGUCAACAUCUAA